AUGUUGAUGUCCCCGCUUCUCCUGUUGAGUCAUCCCUGCCCCCUUCCCUUCCCACUACCCACACCAUGGUCACUCGUAUCUGAGAUCGAACCUACCUCGUUCCAAGAAGCAAACAAAUCGGAUCAAUGGCGCCAAGCUAUGCUCACAGAGGUCCAAGCCCUUCAUCACAAUCAUACUUGGGAUCUUGUUCCUCCCUCCCUUCACCGCCAUGUCUUGCCUUGCAAAUGGGUGUUCCGUAUCAAAUGCCGCUCCGAUGGUUCCAUUGAACGGUAUAAGGCCCGUCUUGUGGCCAAUGGGUUUCAUCAACAAUAUGGCAUUGACUACUUGGAAACUUUCAGUCCUGUUGUUAAGCAUGUUACUGUUCGCAUUAUUCUUUCUCUUGCUUUUUCUCAGCAAUGGCUCAUCCGUCAGCUUGAUGUUACUAAUGCUUUUCUUCAUGGUUACUUGUCUGAAGAGGUUUACAUGCAUCAACCCCACAGUUUUGAAGACCCUAAAUUUCCUCAUCAUGUAUGUCGCCUUCGGAAAUCUCUCUAUGGUCUCAAGCAAUCUCCCCGUGCUUGGUUCUCCCGUUUCUCUGAGUUUCUUAUUCACUCAGGUUUCACGGCUUCCAAGGCGGAUCCUUCCUUAUUCAUUUUUCAUAAAGAUGACAAUUUUCUCUUCCUUUUGAUUUACGUGGACAAUAUUAUUGUUACUGGUAAUGCUUUGUCACAGGUUAACGCCCUUCUUCAGUCUCUUAAUCGUCAGUUUGCUAUGAAAGAUUUGGGGGAUCUUCAUUAUUUUUUGGGCAUUGAGGUCCAGCGUACUCCGGAUAUGUUGUGUUUGAAUCAAGCCAAAUAUGCGGCUGAUCUUCUAAAAAGGGCCACCUUACAUGAGGCUAAUCCUUGUCUCACUCCGGUUGCCACUGGUUCUCAACUUAGCUCUCUUCAUGGCUCUCCUCUCUCGGAUCCCACUGAGUAUCGCAGUCUUGUUGGCGCACUUCAGUAUCUCACCAUCACCCGUCCGGACAUUUCCUUUGCCGUCAACCAAGUUUGUCAAUUCAUGCAUCAACCUACUGAUAUUCAUUGGAAAGCCGUCAAGCGUAUUCUACGUUAUGUUCUUGGCACUUCUCAUGAUGGCCUUGUUUUUUGUCCUGGUGACUCUUCUGUGAUUGCUUUCUCUGAUGCCGACUAUGCUGGUAAUCCCGAUGAUUGUCGCUCUACAGGGGGAUAUUGUAUUUUCUUUGGCUCCAACCUUGUCUCAUGGAGCUCCAAGAAGCAGCCCACCGUUUCCCGCUCUAGUACCGAAUCUGAGUAUCGUCAAUUGGCUCUCACUGCUAUGGAACUCUCAUGGAUUCAACAACUCUUACAAGAAUUACAUGUCUCUUUGCCCUCACCUCCUUUGCUUUGGUGUGACAACACAAGCUCUAUUGCUCUUGCUUCUAAUCCGAUCUUUCAUGCACGCACCAAACACAUUGAUGUGGAUUAUCAUUAUGUCCGUGAACUUGUCCUUGCUGGCUCCUUGCAUGUUCGUUAUGUCUCCACCCAAUCUCAGCUGGCUGACAUUUUUACCAAGGGUCUCCCGCUUCCUCGGUUUGCCUUUCUCAAAUCCAAGCUGUUGCGCUCUUUGCACAUCAGCUUGCAGAGGGAUAAUAGAGAUGGUGAUAAAUCUGCACACAAUCAGGCACUCCAAUAA